AUGACUCCCGGUCAUGUCUGCCACCUGCAACGAUCUCUUUACGGGUUGAAACAAGCGCCCAGAGCUUGGUUCAAACGGCUUCAUGACUUUUUAUUGUCUACAGGUUUUCAAGCAUCCAAGACCGAUGCCUCUUUAUUCUAUUACACUGCUAAGGAGUCCCGUGUGUUCUUACUGGUCUAUGUCGAUGACAUCAUUAUGAUGGGUAAUGAUGUCAAUCUCGUAAAUACUCUUCUGCAACGACUGUCCUCCGCCUUCAAGAUUCGUGAUCUGGGUGCACCGGGAUUCUUUUUGGGUAUCGAAACAGUUGUGGUAGGCGAUGGUUUACUCCUGUCACAACGCCGUUACAUGACGGAUCUCAUUGGCCGCUCAGGCAUGGUUGAUUGUAAACCCCUGGCCACUCCGGCUGCUGUCACUAAAUCAGAAACCCUGUCCGAUACUCCUUUUGAUAAUCCGACUCAGUAUCGGCACAUUGUCGAUGCAUUACAGUACCUAACGAUCAUCCGGCCAGAUCUAGCUUAUGCAGUCAAUCGUCUGUGCCAAUUUAUGCACUCACCGACGGUUGAUCAUUGGAAUCUUGUGAAACGUGUUCUUAGAUACGUCAAAGGAACUCUUGACUAUGGGCUACAGCUCACUCCAUCCUCCUCAACCUCCAUUCAUGCCUAUUCGGACUCCGACUGGGCAGGUUGUCCCAUCGACAGGAAAAGUACUAGUGGCUAUGCCGUCUACCUUGGUGAUAAUCUUAUCUCAUGGCUAUCCAAGAAGCAACGCACCGUGACCCGCUCCUCUACUGAAGCUGAGUAUAAGGCGUUAGCUGAUGUGUCUGCUGAGGUCACCUGGGUCGUCUCUCUACUCCGUGAGCUUGGGCUGCACUCUGGUCAACCAGCAACGCUAUGGUGCGACAACCUAGGUGCAACAUAUAUGUGUGCAAACCCGGUCUUCCAUGCACGCACCAAGCACGUAGAAAUCGACUAUCAUUUUGUUCGCGACAAGGUAGCUUCAGGGGACUUUGUGGUGAAAUACGUCUCCACUAUUGACCAGCUUGUUGACAUCUUCACGAAACCGCUUCCGUCACCGCGUUUCUCUACUCUACGAGGCAAGCUCAAUGUGGUCUCCCUGCCAUCUUGUGCUUGA